AUGUCUGACGCCGACUUUGAGACAAUCAGAAAGCUUCAGGCUGAGCGGAAUGCCGCUUCUGCUGGUAAGAAGGGAUCAAAGACGUUUGAUCCGUCAACUCAGCGAACUGAUAAUGAUACGAAGGCGUCCUUAACGGACACAUUCGAUACUACCCUCUACGAGCGCGAUGGCGGUGACAAGUUUGCGGGCUACAACACUUCCAUAGCUGUUGCAGAUGGCGAUGAUGAUGAUGAGGACAUGGAAGCGGAUACGAGUCGACGACUAGUUGGACAAUAUACGGCUUCGAAUGAGCAGAUAAAUGAGUUCGCCCAUGGGAACGGGGUCGAGGAAGAGGAUAUUCUUUUAGGUCGAGAAAAGAGUGGACAAAUUGCUGAUCGGGAGACUGAUUACCAAAAACGACGGUUGGAUCGUGUUCUGACACCCACCAGGGCUGACCCUUUCGCAGCAAACCGGCAAGCGGGAGCAGCGGAAGAUGGUGAGAGCUACCGUGAGAUUAUGGCACGGAGGGAUCUAGAGAGAGAAGAGGAGAGAGUCAAGAGGAAAAUCGAGGAGCAGACAGCAAAUGGAGAAGUUGUUCACCACAAAGCCACCCUUUCGAGAGAAGGUAGUGGUUCGCCCAGCGACAAGGAAAAUAAGGAGGCCGGAUCGACAGAGGUUGUAAGUGCCGGUCGUAAGCGCAAACAACGAUGGGAUAUUGGAGCCGAUUCUACAGACUCUACAGCAGUGCAACCCUCGGAAUCUAAAAUUAAACGCUCACGAUGGGAUCAGACGCCUGCUGUAGGAGGUGCGGUUGUGGAUGAGACUCCUCGACGGCGAUCUAGAUGGGACCAAGCUCCAGCUGCUACACCUAUGGGAAAUCAAGGGCUCGUCACACCCAUGCACCCCUCGCAGAUGGGUGGUGGCCCAGUUAUGCCCACGGCUUUUGGAACCGAUAUCUCGGCAAGGAACGCCCCUUUAUCAGAUGAGGAGCUUGACUUGAUGUUGCCUACAGAAGGUUACAAGAUUCUGGAGCCCCCUCCUGGUUAUGCUCCUAUUCGAACAGUUUCCCAAAAGCUGAUGGCCACUCCCGCUGGCGCGGGCGGCGCUGGUGGUUUUAUGAUGCAGGACCCGGAAAGCCAAAGAAGCAUGGGGAAACAACUACCUACAGAGAUCCCAGGAGUAGGAGAUUUGCAAUUCUUCAAGGCGGAAGACAUGGCGUAUUUCGGGAAAUUGACAGACGGAAGUGACGAGAAUACUAUGAGUGUAGAGGAAUUGAAGGAAAGAAAGAUUAUGAGACUGCUGUUGAAGGUCAAGAAUGGCACACCACCAAUGCGGAAGACAGCUCUUCGACAACUCACAGACAACGCGCGCCAAUUCGGUGCCGGACCUCUGUUCAAUCAAAUUCUUCCUCUCCUCAUGGAGAAGACGCUGGAAGAUCAGGAGCGCCAUUUACUGGUAAAAGUUAUUGAUCGAGUUCUUUACAAGCUUGAAGACCUUGUCAGACCUUAUGUGCACAAGAUUUUAGUCGUUAUUGAGCCGCUGCUCAUCGACCAGGACUACUAUGCACGGGUUGAAGGCCGAGAAAUCAUUUCGAACCUUAGCAAGGCUGCUGGUCUUGCGCAUAUGAUCAGCACUAUGCGACCGGAUAUCGAUCACGUUGAUGAGUAUGUCAGAAAUACUACCGCGAGAGCCUUUGCCGUGGUUGCCUCUGCUCUUGGUAUUCCAGCCCUGCUUCCCUUUCUACGUGCUGUUUGCAGGAGUAAAAAGUCAUGGCAAGCACGACACACUGGUGUCAAGAUUGUGCAGCAGAUUCCAAUCUUGAUGGGCUGUGCAGUGCUUCCACAUCUGAAGGGUCUGGUUGAAUGCAUUGGUGGCAACCUGAACGAUGACCAGACGAAAGUGCGAACUGUCACCAGUUUAGCUAUUGCAGCUUUAGCCGAAGCGGCCAACCCUUAUGGUAUAGAGAGUUUCGAUGACAUUUUGAACCCCCUCUGGACAGGAGCCCGCAAACAACGAGGCAAAGGUCUGGCAGGCUUCCUCAAAGCCGUCGGUUACAUUAUUCCACUCAUGGACGAGGAGUAUGCCAAUUACUAUACCAGUCAGAUCAUGGAGAUUCUCUUGCGAGAAUUCUCGUCUCCAGAUGAGGAAAUGAAGAAGGUUGUCCUUAAAGUGGUCUCCCAAUGUGCCGGGACCGAUGGUGUAACGGCUGGAUAUUUGAAGGAGCAUGUUCUGGAUGAAUUUUUCAAGAGUUUCUGGGUUCGACGAAUGGCUUUGGACAAGCGAAAUUAUCGACAGGUUGUUGAAACAACAGUCGACAUAGGCCAAAAAGUUGGCGUAGGAGAGAUUGUGGAGCGAAUCGUCAACAACCUAAAGGAUGAGAGUGAGGCUUACCGAAAGAUGACAGUGGAAACAGUAGAGAAGGUUAUUGCCAGUCUAGGUGCAGCAGAUAUUGGCGAGCGGCUCGAAGAACGUCUGAUUGACGGUAUCCUGCAUUCUUUCCAGGAGCAAAGUGUUGAGGAUAUUGUUAUGCUCAACGGCUUCGGCACUGUGGUAAAUGCUCUUGGCACACGAUGCAAGCCAUAUCUCCCUCAAAUCGUCAGCACAAUUCUCUGGCGAUUGAACAAUAAAUCUGCUACCGUCCGACAACAAGCAGCAGAUCUCAUUUCCCGCAUUGCGAUGGUCAUGAAACAAUGUGGUGAGGAUGCUUUGAUGGGCAAGCUUGGUAUUGUCCUCUACGAAUAUCUCGGAGAAGAAUAUCCCGAAGUUCUUGGAUCUAUUCUUGGAGCCCUGCGGUCUAUUGUCACAGUUGUUGGUAUCAGUCAGAUGCAACCACCCAUCAAGGAUUUGCUUCCCCGCCUUACACCAAUUCUACGAAAUCGACACGAGAAGGUGCAAGAAAACACCAUUGAUUUGGUCGGACGUAUUGCAGACCGCGGUCCUGAAAGUGUCAAUGCUAGAGAAUGGAUGAGAAUCUGCUUUGAACUUUUAGACAUGCUGAAAGCACAUAAAAAGGGCAUCAGAAGAGCUGCCAACAACACUUUCGGUUUCAUUGCCAAGGCCAUCGGUCCUCAGGAUGUACUUGCUACGUUGCUCAACAAUCUUCGCGUUCAAGAAAGACAAUCUCGCGUGUGCACGGCCGUCGCUAUAGGAAUUGUGGCCGAGACGUGCGCGCCUUUCACCGUCCUUCCUGCUCUUAUGAACGAAUACAGAGUACCCGAACUGAACGUCCAGAAUGGUGUUCUCAAGUCACUCUCUUUCCUCUUUGAGUAUAUUGGUGAAAUGGCCAAAGAUUAUGUCUACGCGGUGACGCCUUUGCUCGAGGAUGCUCUCAUCGAUAGAGACCAAGUACAUAGGCAAACAGCCGCCUCGGUUGUUAAGCAUGUAGCACUAGGUGUCGUUGGACUUGGGUGUGAAGACGCCAUGCUCCAUCUCCUUAAUCUCCUCUACCCCAACCUUUUCGAAACGAGUCCCCACGUCAUCGACCGUAUUAUCGAAGCCAUUGAUGCCAUUAGAAUGGCUGUUGGACCUGGUCUCACCAUGAAUUAUGUCUGGGCUGGACUCUUCCAUCCAGCACGGAAAGUCAGACAACCUUACUGGAGACUAUAUAACGACUGCUACGUCCAAUCGGCUGAUGCGAUAGUGCCCUACUACCCUAAUUUGGAUGACGAGAGAAUGGAUAGGCCAGAGCUGGCCAUUGUUAUUUGA